ACUGGCUAGCCGGGCAGAAACUUCUCAUCUCUGCUGUACUGGUCAAGUCGGGACGUCCGGUCAGUUUUUCUUUUCAGGCCGAGCGACUCCGUCCGGUAUGCUGCGGUGCGUAGCCCUGAUCCUGUUGGCGGUAGCCCACAUUGGCAAUGCCGACACUAACAAUCUUCGGGAUGUCGAAAUACUCUGCAGCACCCCAGAGUACGAAGUCGUCAUGACCCAGGGUGCAGUCGUGGUGAGCACCACGGUGUUCGAUCUCUCCCUGACGACGGCGAAGAUCCGGGCCCGCCACAGGCUCCUCAAGUAUUUCAGGGGCGCUAAUGACCAAGGCUUGGAGAUUCCCGUACUGCCGGUGAGUGUCAUCCAGACGUACGUUCCCACCGACCUGUUCCGCGAGGUGACCCUGUCCAUACCCCUCCCCCCGGACCUGUGGGACAACAUACCCAAACCACUAGACAGCAAGGCCAGUGGACGGAAGGACCAUGACCAAAGUGGCCAUUUUCGCGAUGACCGACCGAAUUUUCGACCUCUACACGAAGGUGGAGGGUAUCGAGAGAAGUGUAAAGUUGCGAGUACCUUCCUGCUUGCAGUCAUUCAGUCCGGAGAACUGGGAAAAACUUGAUACAAAACUCCCGAAUGUCGACAGCUACGUCGAUCUCACUAGAGCCGAGCCUGGUGAAAACUUCUGUAAUGCACCACGUUGUCCAUGGCCAGAGUACAAGGUGAUACAGAAGUACGAUAGCCCGAUGGAGAAGCGAGAGUACCCCGGCUUGCCUCUCGUGUUCGCCGCCGCACCAACUUGUCAUCUUGACGCUGCAUACGGGAUGGCCCAGCGCGCAAUCUACGAUAAACUCAACGCUUCUGGCCUCGUGAAGGGGAAGCCUUUCCGACUGUUUGACUCGGCAAUGGGACGGAUAUACCAGAAACAGCCAGGAGAGGACGAGUGCAACAAAGUUUUCGUGCAAUCCAUUCUUGUCCCGGAAGACGUGCUUGCAUCGGAAAAGCUUCCCGACUUUUUGGGACAAGAACCAUUUGACGACGACAUCAUGAUGGACCUGAAGGUGUACCGGCGGAACUAUCCCGGGCCUAUAACAGGUUACGUGCGGCACUUUGGUGGCUUUGCUGAUGAAGAGGAGAUCUACCGCCAGGGCAAGGCGCUGAGGGAGGACCUGGACAGUCGCGGGUUGUGUUACCUGUACAAUACGCUAUACACUGUCGAGUACAACAGGGGGUCCCGCAUGUUUGAUCGCCACAAUGAGGUCAUGUUUUUGGCGUAUGAGGCAGAGCAGUGUAAGCCUGAGAAAAUUCUUCAUCUUGAACCGCCCUCACACAGUGAUGAAAUGAAGCGCCGCGACCUGCUCUUUCCUUCCCUGGAUGAUCUGUGCCGGGACAACGAGUGUGCGGAAAGACAACCCGUCAGGAGGUUCGAGAACUUCAUCGAGGAAAAAGUGGAGAUACCUGGCAGUUCUGUCUGCGCCAAACAAAAGUUCUGCAACAGUGUCCGCGAAGCGACUAAGCAAGCUGUCUCCAAGCUCCUGUCCUACUUCAACGGCUACAACAAGCAGCAACAAAGGAUGGAUAUGCCAAGGCCACUGUUUCACUACAUCAACUUGACGAGUAUUGGGAAACCAGGGUGCAACAAGGAGAUGAUGACGUGCAGUUUUGUUCCCAAGCGUUUCGCAGCAGAUCCUCCGGCACCCGUGGGCAAAGAUGUCAUAAUGUACGGAGCCACGGAACUGAACGGUUACGUCAUGCCUUUCGGGGACUUAAACGACGACCAGAUCAUCAGUACUAUGAUAGGAUUCAACAAAACAUUGGCUGGUCUGGAGAAGUUUGGUAUAGAGUACGAUAAGCUGACUUUCGGAAUUAUGGAGUAUUUUGCAGAAGAUGAAGGGUUUGAGCACAAUGCACUCUUUGUUCCCAAACUGCAAAAAGGCAUCGUUGUUGCUGAAGAGGGCAAUCUUGUGGGACCAACAGACACCGGAAAGGGAAACCAAAUACACACCUUUGUACAGGACAUGGGCGACAAUAUCCAUGAAAUCCAGAUGAUUCCCAAGUUGUAUGCUUGUGUAGAAAUUGAGACGUGCAAUAACCUGUACUCCCGCAAGGCUAUGGUUGCUCUGCACGAUUAUUUCGGCGGCAACAAUGAUGGAAAUGUGAAUCUCGGACGCCCGUCUCAUCUUUUCUACCACGUGACUCAAAAGACAAUUGAAGGCUGCUCAUACGGACUGUCAGGCUGCUCAGCCAUUCCAGAGGAACUCUAUGAGAAGACACCAAAGCCUACCAACGAACGGGUGACAAUCUUUAAUGCUACCAGACUUCCCGGUCUCGGGUACGCUACUACUCUACCAGGCAUGCCGGAUGGAGAGAAGUUCGGCAAUGCCUUUCAGAAAUUGACAACAACGCUUGAUAAAAAAGAUCUGCUCGUUAGUGGGUAUGCAGGUUUCUUCUUCCGGGAAACUUAUCCGUUCGACACAAGUGACGAGCCAUGGUACAUUGCCUACUGGAAGAAGCGCGCGGAGUCUGGAAGUGAAGCGUCCGAUGAAGAAGACACGGAGAUGCCGACGGAAGGUCAGACCGAAGAGAAGACGGAGGACGAGAAAGGACAGGAGAUGCCCACAGCAGUAUCUGAAGCUUCCAACACUGCGAUGCCCGACCAAGCUGACGACGCCGCAGUACCGGCGACAGAGGCGGCGGCCAUGGGCAGUCCUGCCGCGACCGAGGAGAGAUAAACACGGCGGAGAUGGCGGGGCCAGAACUGGGCGUAACACAACGGAGAUAGUGGGACCAUAACUAGGCGUGCGCCAACGUAGACACCCUAGCGUUGUUAGUGGUUACAGCCCUAGUAAAUUUUCACUGUACCGGUUUUCUUUCUAUUCCCAAAUUUGAAAUAUUUUAUUGUUAGGAUUGUUCAUGAUAACGGUAAAUUAUACAGGUAUGAUAUCAUUAGAAUCGUUAGCUAUCUGGGAAAUAUUUGAAUAUUAGUUAGCAAAUUUGUGAAAUUUGUUUCGAUCGACUGACAACUGCAUUUGACAAGCUACAAUAAUCAUAUCAUCCUAUCAUAAACCAAUGACUGAAUUUUAUCAACAUUGAUCAUGAUGUCCACCGAUGCUGCUCGACCAUACAUAUUAAAGGUAUUGUAGUCAACUUCAGUAUCAUACAAAAAUUGAUUCACCUUUUCUUGGCUCUCAAUGUUGCUAAGAUAAAGAUAAUAUGAUGGUGUUAUGAACUAGAAUAGCCUUUUGAAAAUGUUCAUUUCUUACAUGUGACUCAAUAAAUGCAUCACUACCGGGAAUCAAAA